CUGCACUAUGGGACCCUCAUGGGCAGCAGAGCUUGUGUCCAAAUGGCAGCAGCUGCCUGGGGCAGUGGUUUUCUCUGUGCUGUGCUGCACACUGGGAACACAUUUUCAAUACCACUCUGCCAAGGCAACACAGUGGACCAGUUCUUCUGUGAAAUCCCCCAGAUCCUCAAGCUCUCCUGCGCAGACUCCUACCUCAGGGAACUGGGGCUUCUUGUGGUUAGUCUUUGUUUAGUCUUCGGGUGUUUCAUUUGCAUUGUGCUGUCCUAUGUGCAGAUCUUCACUGCUGUGCUGAGGAUCCCCUCUGAGCAGGGCCGCCACAAAGCCUUUUCCAUAUGCCUCCCACACCUGGCCGUGGUCUCCCUGUUUCUCAGCACUGGCAUGUUUGCCUACCUGAAACCCCCCUCCCUCUCCUCCCCAGCUCUGGAUCUGGUGGUGGCUGUUCUGUAUUCGGUGGUGCCUCCAGGGAAGGGUCGGCAGUGGAGACGUCGUGUGGGCCCGGUCCAGACCCAGGCUGUGUCCCACAUCACAAGUGGAGGGGGACAAGGGAGUGUGGGGCUGGCAAAGGCCUCACCCCAUCGUCUGCUGGUGGACAGCCUGCGAGAGAAGCACAGCCUGUCUCUGUGGCUGGGGUCUUUCCAUUCAUGA